GGCACGUUGAACCAGACGUGUGAAGAGCCUGCGAUUUGUUUGAUCUUUCGGUCAGCACAUAUAAUAAAAGUGUCUGUGUGUGUGCGUUCAGGAAGCGGCGGAAAGUGUGGAAAUACUCGUAAAAAUAACUCAAGUCGUUUCCAUUCUAAAUUGCCCGUUGACAGCCGCAAGUGGCGCAAACGGUCCAAGGAGCUGUACAUCUGUCUCCCCCAAGUAAUUCACCAAGAUCGGCCGCAGCAGCCGUCGCACCUCUUGAGGGGCGAGUGGUACGUGCAACGUCCUUGACUAAGAGCGGACGAGCAUAAGUUGGACGGAGGAGCCGGCGGAGGAGACACAUAUUGGGAAGACAGCGACCACGAUGAUUUGGACGCGCGUGCUGCUCGUGGGGCUGACCGCCUUGGCGCUGACAUUCGUGGAGGUUGCAUCACUCUCACUCGAUCCAGUUGCUUCUGCUGAACUGGAACAGUUUAUUCGAAAGGGCGAUGUUGUCAUAUCCACCCGUCACAUAAGACCUCGUCGCAAACUGCACAUAUCCAUUGAGGCCCUCUUCAUGAUCGAUUUCCCUAUGCUGAAGCAUAAGAUGUCCUUCUUCCUGGACCGCAAACAGCAGCGGGUCACACUGGACAUUAGUGCUAACGGGGCCACCGAAUCUCGGAACUUUGAAAUACCCAACAUUAAUGAGACGAGUACCAUCCGCUCCCUGGCUCUACAGUUUUCCAAGAACAGGAUUACCCUCCAUGUGGACUGCAAACCAAGCACACAUCACGACAUCGACAUGAACCUGGCUAAGCUGUACACUCAGAUGGAUGACCCGGUGAUUAAGCUGUUCCGGGAGCGCAAGUAUCCUCUGCAUUUCGAUGGCGACAUGGAACACUCCCUGCAGCGGGCCAACUGCCAGAAGGGCUACCAUAGGCGUGGCAAUCGCCGCAUGCUGCGCAACAAGAUCACGGAACGUGAGAAGAACAAGAAACGCGAUGUUCGCGGCUGGUAUGAACCUACCAUUGCCCGGGAAGGAGUCGUCGACCACAGACAUCAGGAGGUGCCCACGGAUGUGGAGCGUGGCGAUAUCCCUGUUCUUCAUGGCGACUGUGAAGACGCCCUCGCACGCUCGCUGAGCGAUUUACUGGCUCUGGUGAAGUUGCUCCGCGAAGACGUCGCCCACCAGCGCCAGGAGAUUGCCUACCUGCGGAUGCUCUUGGAGAACUGUGCCGGCUGCAAGAAUCCCCUCAGCGGGGACAACCAAUUGCGUCUCGAACCCGACUGCCGUUCGGCGAAUCCCUGUCAUCCAGGUGUGGAGUGCCUGGAUUCGGCAUCCGGACCCAGAUGUGGCCAUUGUCCUCUUGGCUUUAUUGGUGAUGGCAAGACAUGCAAACCGGGCGUCACCUGCGCCCACCUCGUGUGCUAUCCAGGCGUCCAGUGUCACGAUACCGUGAAUGGAGCCCAGUGUGACUCCUGUCCGGCCGGCUACGAAGGUGAUGGACGCACAUGUUCGCUACGUAAUCCUUGCCUGGACACACCGUGCCCCUCAGGCAACAUUCUAGUGCCCUCGCAUAAUGUGCAACACUAUCAGAGGCAGAGCCAGUACACGGCCCGCAAAUACUCGGUCGUAACGAACUAAUCCGCAGCGGGAGAGCUUGACACACGCCUAAAUUACAUGCUACAGAACAUAGAAAGUGCACAUAAUGAAUACUACUACCAAUAUUAGUCAUAAGUUGUAAGCUCUACGAUUGGCAAACAGCGGAAUUCAAGUAUUAGCAAUCCAUCAGCAAAAGAAGCAAAUUAAAAUAUUCAAGCAAUCAGCGAAGAAACAUUCAAAUAUACAUAUACCUUUGGUAAAGCGUUUCAUAGAGUAUAUUUCAAUGCCCAGAAAGUGGAGUCUAUAAACGUGUAACGAAAUUUGUUCCCCUUCCCGCCCCGACCGAAAUCUCCCAAUUAUUGUAAUAAAAUAUGAAUAAUAUUAAUACAAAAAAAUGU